AUGAAAAAUCUUGUUUCGUUUACUUUAUAUUGCGUUUUCGUAUAUUUCCUUCGUGAGGGUGUUUCUUUAAAAUGUCGUUCUGGGAAUCAACAAGUAGACAUGCAAUUUCAAAAAGUGUUAAAAACAUGCAAAAAUCGCUAUGUUGGUACUAAUAUGAAUAAUUCUGAAGAGUCUAUGUCUACGGAGAGCAGUAAUUCAGGAAGUGAUUCUAGUUCCGAGGAUGAUGUGUACGAUAAAAACUUUUUCUAUAAAAAGGGUUAUAGAUCUUUCAACAAUCAGUCCACGAACAGCCAGAGAUAUAGAAAUUCCGACAAAAAUAACGAUAUGAAUACAUAUUCGUCUGAUCAUUCUACCAAUGGAAAUCUCAGAGACUUUCAAAAUAUAAAACAUACUCGUAAGGUCAACGAUCGAGAUUUGUGGAAUUCAAGAGAUUCGCGUAAUAGAACAAGUGAUUUUAAUAAUGGAGACACGAGUAACGAUGAUAUGCGCUUUAAUAACAAUACUGACCGAGAACAAGCUUGUAUUGUACAAUGUUUCUUCAAUGAAUUGAAUGCUGUAGAUCAGAAGGGAUUUCCAGAAAAAGACUUUGUGAUCCCUCUGAUGAGUCAAAAUAUUCAUGACCCAGAAUUGAAAGAUUUUGUUGAAGAAUCAAUUAUAGAAUGUUUUCAUUAUCUUGAGUCAAAUAAAAGGGAAAAAUGUGAAUUUUCGCAAAACUUAUUGACGUGUUUGGCAGAAAAAGGACAACAAGUGAGACUUUUAUAA